AUGCUAAUGAAGGAUACUCGAAGAACCGUCAAAGUGGCCGUGGUGGGAUCAGGGUUGGCCGGCCUGACCACAGCUUAUCUAUUGUCGACAGGCACCACAGUUGCCCUGGAUGCCAAAGACGAACCCACCAAAUUCGAAGUACAUCUUUUUGAGAGAAACGAAGCGUUGGGAAUGGAUGCCGCUUCGAUCUCGGUUGGGGGAGAAAAUGAAUUCCGAAUAGAUCAUCUUCAAAUCCCCAUCAAAGCCGCCAAAUUCAGCUUUGGCUGGUACCGUAUCGAGUCCUCAAAAGAACCAAUGACCAUGUCAGCCCAUGAAGUCGCUUCGCACUCACACCAUCAAUCGUACCUCACUUACAGCGGCGCUCGUGCCGUCGGUCAUAUUAGCAGUCCUAUUUGUAUGGAUGCUUCUUGGACCACCUUUUUCGCUAAUGUGCUGCUGUGGUUCUGGCGUCUACUCAUUGUCGCCUUCUCGUAUACCAAGCUGAUGACGAUGGCGUUAUGGUCUCACUAUCGAGGACAUCUUUACGAUUCGGACCACCCUGUGGCGUCAUUAACCUUGCAGGAAUGGCUUGAACAGCAUCACAUUCAUCCAUUUUUCGUUCACGAAAUAUUUGUUCCUCUUUUUGCCGCAGUUUGCACGAAUUCAUGGCAAUCCAUGAUGGAGUAUCCUGCCACUUAUAUAUUAGAGUACAUGGCCAGGGGACUAUUUCAGGAAUCAUAUGUGGUAGAUUGUGGUGUGAAGCAAGUGGUAGCUGCCUUGUCGAGGCCUCUGAAACAUGUGCAUCUCGGUACUCAGAUCACAUGUAUCACCCCCAAUGAAACGCCGGGUCAGGGACGGCUCGUUUUGCAUGAACAAAAUGGCAAUCGGUCGGAUUUUGAUCAUAUUGUAUUUGCAACACAAGGAAACCAAGCUCUGAAAAUUCUCAGCAAUUGUCAAAAAUACCUUUCCUCUCCCACCCCCCGCGACGAUGGUUAUGAUCAAUGGAAAAAACAGCACCAGCUCGUUCAGGACUUGAGUGUUCAAAUAGACAUGCUUCAACGUUUCAAAUAUGAUCCGUCCUUGGUCAUCAAUCAUACCGACACACGGCUUUUACCCCAUGACCAGUCGCAGUGGAAAGUUCUCAACUUUGCAACUUUGGAUGCUUCUAUCCAACCCCAUCCGUCCGAUAUGAUCGUCCCCUAUCCUCAUAAUACCACCAUGACCACCCACAUUCUCAAUGCCACCCACCGCACCAUUGCCGACAACGAGACCUUGUAUCUGCAAACCACCAAUCCCUGCAUCGCUCCUGAUCCAGCUAGCGUACUGUCGGUAUCGUGGUUCGAACGCGCCACCGUCACGGUCAAGUCGAAACAGACGAUUGAAAAAUGCCUGUUCGAACCUCUAAAAGGAUCCGAUGGCAAGGUCAAGUUGGGAAAUUGUCAAGGCAAAGGCGGCAUUUGGUUCGUCGGAUCCUAUUGCUGGAGAGGCAUCCCUUUAUUGGAAGGCUGUGUUGCCAGUGCAGAAACAGUGGUAGCCAAUGGUAUCGCUGUCCAGGAAAAUUGUACCAUCAAACUGGGCGCCGUCUUGCUUUUACUGGCAGGCGUGUUUGCUUCCACAGGCGAUCGGUUGCCGGAAUAUCGACAAUGUGUGCAAACAUUCCUGGAUCUUCCCUUACGAUUACUGAAAUGGAGCAUUCCCGAUGAUUGUCGGUAUCAGUGUAUGCAAACCCUGACCACGCGCGCAAAAUUGCAAGGUGACCGUAUUCAUCAGUUCCACGGAAAAUGGCCAUUUUUACGUUUGUAUGGCAUGCAAGAACCGGCGUCGGUGCUAUUCUCCAUUCUGAAUGGUCUAUUUCACGCGCGUUAUUACAGCAAGAUGAAGCAUCAAUUGUCACCGCAAUUCGAUCUCAAACGUCAUUACUUGGGCAUGUCCGUCAUUGCCAUGAACGCUUGGAUUUGGAGUACGGUCUUCCAUAUGCGAGACAACAGCAUUACCGAGAAAUUGGAUUAUUUUAGUGCCGGUCUCUACAUCAUGUACGGACUUUACCUGGGAGUCCUUCGUAUAUUUUAUGUCCGCGGAUGGCCCGCUUUGGCAUGGUCGAUACUUUGUGCAGCGCUGUUCAUGGUCCACGUCGCUUACUUGACGUUGAAACCACGAUUUGAUUACGGCUACAACAUGACAGCUUGCAUCACUAUUGGUAGCUUACAAACCAGUCUCUGGCUCGGGUGGUCCAUCCUUCAGUACACAUCCUGGGGCCAAGUAUGGCGUCGACCGUUUGCUUGGCUCGCCGGCUUAUCGGUGGUCCUUGUGAGCUGUGCCAUGGCUCUGGAAGUAUUUGAUUUCCCGCCUUGGUACGAUGUCGUUGAUGCUCAUGCCCUGUGGCAUGCCGCCACCAUCCCCUUGAUACCCCUCUUUUACCAAUUUUUGCUGCGGGAUGCCCAAGCCGAAAUGAAUCAUCCUCACCCUUCUAACCUCUCCAAAAAGUAUACUUAG